AUGGCUGUAGAGGAGGCUCUUAUGGCGGAAGAGGACGCUGCUAGGGAGGUAGAGGUGGCACCUAUGGCGGAAGAGGAGGCUGCUAGGGAGGAAAAGGAGGCUCCUAUGGUUGUAGAGGAGGCUGCUAGGGAGGUAGAGGUGGCACCUAUGGCGGAAGAAGAGGCUGCUAGGGAGGAAAAGGAGGAGGCUCUUAUGGCUGUAGAGGAGGCUCCUAUGGCUGUAGAGGUGGCUCCUAUGGCGGAAGAGGAGGCUGCUAGGGAGCUAGAGGUAGCACCUAUGGCGGAAGAGGAGUCUCCUACAGAAAUUAAGGAAAUUAAGGAAGAGGUGGCUACCAGUGCGAUAGAGGAAGAGGCUACAAUGGAGGUAGAGGAGGAGGUUUGCAGGGCAGAAAGGGAGGAGGCUCCUAUUGCGGUAAAGGAGGUUCGCAGGACAGAAAGGGAGGAGGUUGAGAAAAGAUUUGUUGAUAAAGACUAUAAUGGCGCAAGUAGCUAUGAUUUGAGCUCAAAUUUUUUGUCCAAUUUUGGAGGGCUCAUCAAACAGUAUACGGAGAUGUGUUGUCUAUUUAACCCUUAUUGCAACAAAACUGUUGGAACAGAUGGGGCAUUUAAGCCUCUAUCGGAAGCAUGA